AUGCUUAAUAUCGUCGACGCAUACACCGGUGCCGUCGAUAAUCUCGACAAGCAUGUACAUAUUGAUCAACCCUACCAACCGGCCGAUUGCUUUCGUGAGCUGGUCAGGUCCGAACCGACUGUGAGUGUUCAAGCCUUUAUUUAUCUCGCCCUGAAAAGGAUAUUGCAGGUGGAAACCCCCACGCUGACAGAAACCACCCGUAAAUGCAGGUGUAUGGAAUGGAAAGCAACAGGCCUUGAUAUCCCCAUCAGCCCCCGCGGUGCGCACCUCGUAUCUCGCCUUUGCGUCUACGCCACCUUGGAUCAGGAUGACAGUGCAGCAUGGAUCCAGUGGACGGCGGAAGAGGACUUUGACAGGACAAACCAGGCGCCUGUGGUUUCCAUCGUUGAUAGCGUCGGGCCCGCGCCGGCGGAAAUUUCAGCUGAGGCGGGGAGCACCAUAGCACUAGACGCAGACAGGACAUACGACACUGACGGCGACGAGCUCACCUUCAAAUGGUGGCAGUAUAAGGACUGCACUGCCUCUCAAUGCUGGGUUGGAGCCGAGGUAAAAGAGCUGCAGAUCAAGCCGGUCGACAGGGAGUGCAAGGUAGUGGAGGUGACGCUUCCAAGUCCGGAAAAGUGCUGCUGCGAGAUGCUCUCGAGACAAGCGGUGGCAAAAGGUCAACUGCUCCACUUGAUCCUCGAGGUCACCGACAAUGGAAGCCCAGCGCUGACGACGUACCGGCGGGCCCUGAUCCAAGCCACAAAUUUGGAGCUGAUCAGUGGUGCAAAAGAAGCAGUAGAAUCAGUGGGCGACUCCAUGGAGGCUUUCGAGGGAGUUGAAAAGCCGGUGGUAUGA